UAAAAACAAAUCGAGUUAUUUUUUGGUUUUUUGUUUUAUUAAAUAAAAAAUUUAAGCCUUUUGAGCUUAAUUUUCUACCCAGGGCAGUAUGCUGUGUUGUGUAUGCUUAUUGGAAAACCCUAAUAAUAUGGGUAUAUUUGAUGAUAUAGGCAAUCAACUUAAAAUAGCUGAAGUCAUAGACAAAUACCUAUGGUUUAAACCUGAACCUGACAACACUUUAACAACACAAAUUUGUACAAGUUGCUGGCAUAAAAUAGAUGAUUUUCAUAUAUUUUACCAAAGUGUGGAGAAAACCCAUAAAGAAUAUGAGCAUAGUGCAUCAUAUGAUAUUAAAAGAGAAGUUCUAUGUACUAGUCCAAUAAAACUAGAGCAAGACUAUAAAGAGGAAGAGGAAGCAAUUAAUAAUACGGAUGAUGCUAUUGAUAUUGAUGAAAAUAUUCAGAUAAAAAAUCCAUUGGAAGAAAAUUACCUUAAGGAUGAAGAAUUCAACGACGAAUCAAAUGAUGAUGACUGUGGAACUUCUGAUGACUAUGAACCUUCUAUUUCAAGCGAACAGGACUUUUCAAUGGAUGAAGAAACGGUCAAUGAUAAAGACGAAGAGCUUCAGAAUGAUACCAUCGUAAAACAAAAUACUAGAUCUAAACGACAUAGAAAUUUGGAAAAGGACAAAGCAAUUGCAAAAAAGAAAAGGAUUGUUCAACGUUUAGAUCCCAUACAUACGGAAGAAAUGAUUAAGAAACAUAUUCCCAUGGGUUGUAAUUUGUGUGUUUUUGUGGGUACAACUUUUUCGGAUAUUGUGCAACAUUUUAGAAAUGUUCAUCCUAAAGUUAGACCGUAUAUAAUGUGUUGUGAUAAAAAGUUGUCGAAACGUUUUUUUGUGGCUCAGCAUGCUUUAAAACAUGAAGAUCCGAAUUGUUUCCGGUGCGAUGAAUGCAGUAAGUCCUUUACCACAAUUAGUGGCCUUCGAACCCACAACUUAAGUUACCAUGCCCGCAAUGAGGACCUCAUUUACGCUUGUGAUAGUUGUCCGAAAAAGUUUGCUCGUAAAAAUUUAUUAGAAUUACAUCAAACUUCACACAUACCAAAAGAACAAUGGGAAUACAUUUGUAAUAUAUGUCCAGACAAAAAAGCAUUUGCAAGUUCAUAUUUAUUAAAUGUACACACAAGCAUGAAGCAUAAAAGAGAAAUAAACAUUUGUCCGGUAUGUGCCAAAGAGAUUAGAGAUAAAAAAUCCUACGAAAAACAUGUACGUUUACACUAUGAGGACAGUGGACCACGCGUUAAAUGUCCUUAUCCCGACUGUGAUAGUUGGCUUAAAGACGAAGACAAUUUAAAACAACAUUUGACGCGACACAAUCCUGAAGGAAUAAUUUAUAAAUGUGAUGAAUGCGGUAAGGAAUGUAAAAAUCGUCGUGCUUUAACGAACCAUAAGCGUUAUGCUCAUUCGAAUACGAUUUUUCAAUGCGAUCAAUGUGAGAAAACAUUUAAGAAAGCUAUUUCUUUAAGAGAACACUUGACCCAACAUACUGGCGAAACAUUGUAUAAAUGUCCUUUUUGUACGAGAACCUUUAACUCAAACGCAAACAUGCAUGCUCAUAAGAAGAAACAGCAUCCUAUAGAAUGGGAAGAGUGGCGUAAAAAUAAACGUGGCAGUGCUCAGAAGUUAAUAAAUAGUAAAAAUCCUUUAACUCAAAAUGAUGAAACUCUAAUGGAAUUAAAUGAUUCAUUACAUUUAUUAUAAUUCGAUGUAAUAAACAAAUUAAUUAAAUUAUGUACAUACACAAAAAA